AAGACUGUCGGACCGGUUGGUCUAGAGAGUGUGAGCGAUUGUUAGGAUUGGUUAACAAAAACAAGGAAGGAAGAGAAAGCAAAAGAGAAAAGAAGAGACACAGUUACAGAUGAGGUGGAGAGAGUCACAAUUUGGGACUGAGGGAUGAGAGUGAGAUGAAGGGAUUUGUUUGGCAGUAGAGCUAAAGAGGGAGGAAAAUAGAAAGAGAGGAGAGAGGGAGAGAGAGAGAGAGAGAGAGGGCAGUGGGAGGGAGGAGAGUCAGAGGAUCCAGCCCUCUGGGACAGCAGUAUGUGUUUUGGGGGUGGACAGAGUGGCUUUGUAUGCAGAACAUCACCGGACACCAACGGGAGGGACGCUGUCAGUUGUUCUCUGUGUGUGUCUGUAGUGAAACCAGACCUACCUCUGAUCCCUGUGCCACACACACUCCUCCAUCUGCUGCCCAGGAGUCUGCCUUCUGCUUCCUCUGGACUCUCAGAGUGUUUGAAUGUGUGUGAGAGAGGCUGAUUUGCGGAGGACAGGAGCAAGAGGCUGUGAUGUGGAACUUGUGGGAUUAAACUUUUUUGACAGCGAUGGAUUGGAGCCCGGAGACGAGGACUGAGAAGCUCCACUAAAACCACCCCGUCUUCUCCUGGCUUGAUUUUCUGUAUUUCUACAUCUGGACUUUGUCCACGACCGUUGCGUGUGUGUGUGCAGCCCAUGUGGGCAGUGAGGGAUGUGGAUCUGAGCAAACCCCACGCCCCGAUGCCCGCUGCUAUGCUGCCAUGCCCCGCGGCCGGGUCUGACUGGAGCUUCCAGAACCCGGUGGGGGUGGACUGCAGCUCCCCCGAACCUCGCUGCAUCUGGCUGGCAGUACUCCGCGGUAACACUGGUUCAGUGUCGUCGCCCACGCCGACCAGCAUGCCCAUUGGGCACAGCCAGAGCUCUCGCCAGCCCAGGGCUAAGGGGCGGAGGGAUGGUCUCUCCUCAGCCGGUGACAACCCUCGGCCGCCGAUGGCGACCCGGCCGGGAAGGGAGGGGGUCGGCGUGGGCUGGAAGGGUCCCCGGACGCUGGUUCUCCAAAAGAACUCCCAGGGUUUCGGCUUCACGCUACGCCACUUCAUCGUUUACCCUCCAGAGUCCGCCCUACACACAAACCUCAAGGAUGAGGAGAACGGUAACGGAAAAGGGUAUCAGAAAGGUCGAAUGGAGCCGAUGGACACCAUAUUUGUGAAAAGCGUCAGAGAAAAGGGUCCGGCCCACCAGGCAGGCUUGUGCACAGGGGAUCGGCUGGUGAAAGUGAACGGAGAGAGCGUUUUAGGAAAGACGUACUCGCAGGUGAUCGCUCUCAUCCAGAACAGUGAGAGUGUGUUGGAGCUCUCCAUUAUGCCAAAAGAUGAAGACGUGCUGCAGUUGGCAUACUCCCAGGAUGCCUACCUGACAGGCAACGAACCCUACUCAGGGGGAGCUCAGCACCUCCCGCCACCGCCUCCCCUCUGCUACCCACGCUCCAAGACCACCCCCCCUGCUGGAGCCCCUCCGUCUGCCCCUAUGGGCCAGAACCAGCUGGAUAACUGGAGUCGCUGGCCAGGCUCUUCUAGCCCAUCUUCACCUCUGGAUAACCGCUCGGCUGUGGGCAGUCCCGCCAGCUGGCAGGAAGGGCGAUCAGGGGAGCCAGGCGGUGUGGGUCACAGCAGCCCAGCCCACCGCACAGAGGAGAUCCAGUACGGUAUGACCAGCCAGCAGCCUCAGGGGCAGACCAGGGGGCGCUCCUACUCUUCAUCUUCUUCAUCAGGAGGCCUUCUUUCCAGCCCGCUGCAAGUCCACUACCCUAAUCACCAUGGAGCAGGAUCCUCGCAGGCUCAGCCGCGCAAGUCCAGCUCAGCCUGGACCAGCCCCCCUCUCCCACAGCUCAGCCAAGGCCGCAAUGAGCGCUGCCAGCAGGCCCUGUCGGACUGGUACUACAACCAGAUGCCUGAACGCCCAGAACGCAGCAUGCAGACUCGCCACCGCAGCUACUCCCAGGAUCGGCUCAGUGAAAGCAGAAGGCAGCAGCAGCGGACAGGUGCCUGGCCGCACAGCGCCUCCCAGGACACUCUGCUGUUACUACAGCAGUCAGGACCGGGACCUCAUGGAGAGCCCUACUGGUCCUACGGAGACUGGGAAGGGGGUCCGGGUAGGGGCCAAUCAGCCUCUAAUUAUACCCGAACGCGCUCUGAAAACCUGCUGGCCCAGUACGAUCGCCACGGCCGCUCGUUAGAGAUGCUGGACCGAGCAGCAGCUGGACUUGUCUCACCUCGGUUUGAGAGGCCUUCAUGGCACCAGCAGGCUCUCCAGCCGCCUCCAAGGACUGACGCCUACCCGAGGCAGGGGAGCCAUUAUGGUGCAGCACAGGCUCCUCCAAUGUCCCGACCGUCACAUUCUAAACACCACCCGCAGACUCACACCCAGGCCCAAUCCCAGCCUCAGCCCCAGCAGCCCGCCCCCCAAAGCAGACGACUUCCUCCCGGGCAGAGCAUGGACGACCAGCCAGUUGGGUAUCGCAGCUACAGCCCCUCUUUUUACCGCAAGACGGGCCGCAUCAUGCAGCAAGCCCACUCUUUCAGGGACCCUUCAUACUCUGGCCCCCACAUGAACUGGAACCCAACACCUAAAAGCCCCCCAGAGGGCACAGCAGCACCCCUUACUGCCUCUACUUCAUCCCCUCAUGCCUCUGCCUCUCCCGAAUCCCAGGACAGAGCGUACAGGCCGACAAACCACGAGAGGGAACGAGGGUCAGUGGAGGGGCAAGCGGAGGUGGUGGCACAGACGCAGGAAGUGGUGAUGCGGCAAAAACCUCCCACUGGACGGAGGAACGCCUACGGUAUGCGUCACCCCCACUACGCGCUGCCCAUGGACGGGCUAGAACCCUCUUUGUUUUCACCAGAUCCCCCAGACUCAGCUCCUGCCCCCGGUUCCACAGGAGAUGUUGCCCCACGCAAACCAAACGGCAACCUUGCCCCCCUCCCCAUCGAGGAUGACUCGCUGGCCUCCAUCCCCUUCAUAGAUGAGCCAACCAGCCCCGGCGCUGAUUUGCGCGCCCGCCACGUGCCGGCGUCCUCCGUGGUGUCCAGCGGCAUGAGUUCGGCGCCCGCCGUGGUCACCAGCCCCGCCUCCCCCACCUUCACCUUCCCCCUCACUAGGCUCUUCUCACACGACUGCAGCAGUAUUAAAUCCAGUCGCCGUUCCUCCUAUCUUCUAGCCAUCACCACCGAGCGCUCCAAGUCAUGCGACGAAGGACUAAACUCGUUCAGGGAGGAAGGACGAGUCUUCUCGAGGCUACCAAAGAGAGUGAAGAGUUUCUUCACAGACGGGUCUCUGGACAACCUGGGCACAGCAGAGGAGGUUCGAUCCAAACGGCACUCCACCUCAGAGCUUGGUAACAUCACUUACAGCGACGUACGACGAGAAGGAUGGCUGCACUACAAGCAGAUCCUCACAGAGAAGGGCAAGAAGGUGGGCAGUGGCAUGCGUCCGUGGAAGCGAGUCUUUUCGGUGCUUCGCUCCCAUUCACUCUUCCUCUACAAGGACAAGAGGGAGGCGGUGCUACGGGGUGCGACGAUUGGCAGUUCGGCCGAUGACGAGCAGCCAAUCAGCAUCCGGGGCUGUCUGGUGGACAUCGCAUACAGUGAGACCAAACGGAAGCACGCCCUGCGGCUGACCACACAGGACUUCUGUGAGUACCUGCUGCAGGCGGAGGACCGGGAGGACAUGCUGGACUGGAUAAAGGUCAUCAGGGAGAACAGCAAGACGGACAGCGAGGAGCUCGGCUUCUCCGGACAGGCCCUCAUCAAUAAGAAGCUGAAUGAUUACAGAAAACAGAGUCCAACAGGUAGCAAGCCCGACUCCUCUCCCAGGCUACCCCGCAUGAAGCCUCCAUUCCUCCUCACCAAGACAGAAAACGCUGUGGGGGCGCCACGCUCACCCAAACCAGACGGCAAAGAUGAGAGCGGCCCUCCGAAGUCUCCAUGGGGAAUCAACAUCAUGAAGAAGACAAAGAAGGCCGGCCCCAAAGCUUUCGGCGUGAGGUUGGAGGACUGUCAGCCGGGUGUGAAUAACAAGUUCAUCCCGCUGAUCGUGGAGAUCUGCUGCGGCCUGGUGGAGGACAUGGGUCUGGAGUACACCGGGAUCUACAGAGUCCCCGGGAACAACGCCAUGGUGUCGAUGCUUCAGGAUCAGCUCAACAAGGGCGUCGACAUCAACCCUGCAGAGGAGAAGUGGCAGGACCUCAACGUCGUCAGCAGUUUACUCAAAUCCUUCUUCAGGAAACUCCCAGAGCCGCUCUUCACCAACGACAAGUACAACGACUUCAUCGACGCCAACCGGAUGGAAAAUGCAUCAGAAAGACUAAAAACCAUGAAGAAACUGAUCCGAGACCUCCCAGAUCAUUAUUACCACACUCUGAAGUUCCUAGUCAGCCACCUGAAGACUGUAGCCGACAACUCAGAUAAAAACAAGAUGGAGCCUCGUAACCUGGCUCUGGUGUUCGGGCCGACUCUGGUCCGGACGUCUGAGGACAACAUGAAAGAUAUGGUCACACACAUGCCUGACCGCUACAAGAUAGUAGAAACGCUCAUCCAACAUGGCAUCUGGUUUUUCACCGAAGAGGCAGACAAGGAUGAGAAGACGCCGGUGGACACGGAGGACGUGCAGCCCGCCCCCAACAUCGACCACCUGCUGUCCAACAUCGGCAGGACCGGUUUGCUCGGAGAGGCCUCAGACUCAACCAACAGUGACUCAGCUAAAUCAAAGGGGUCGUGGGGGUCGAAGAAGGACCUCACAGCCAAGGACUUCCUGACUCUGUCCAUCAUGUCAGCUGUUACGGGCCGCAAACGCAGGAAGCGCCACAACGGCCGCCGCGUGGGCAGCAGCACCGACGACGACUCGGAGCACGAGCCAAUCAAAGCCGGACAUCUAGGCGCAGAGGAGGAAGAGGAGGCGGAGUCGCCUGUUGGAGACACGGCUCCUCGAGCGGAGGGAGAGGAGGAUGACGAUGAGGAAGAGGAGGAAGAGGAGGAGGAAGAGGAAGACGAGGAAGUUGUAGAGAGCGUAGCGAAAGAGGAGGUAGAAGAGGAGGUGGUGGCGGUUAUUCCCAGUCGCUGUACAGAGGAAGAGGAGGCAGGAGGAAGGCAGGCAGGCAUGUUGUUGCAGGAGGAGGAGGUGCGGGCGGAGGUGAAGGGGCCGCCGUGGCGAGCUCCAGAGGACGCCCGCUCGAUUGUCUCAGGUUACUCCACCCUCUCCACGCUAGGGAGGAGCCUGGGGUCAGAGGGGAGGGGGGACGACGCCGACGACGAGAACAGUGAGCUGGUGAGCGAGACGGACAAUGAGAGCGGCUUCGCCUCGCGCUCCCUCACCCAGGAGAGACCCGACAAACACCCGAAGACGCCCGUGAGCUCGCCGCCGCCGGCAGCCCCGCGCAGCUUCCUCUACACACACUACAAACCCCCCGUUCUCUCACCCACCAACCUUCUCGCCCCGCCCACGGCCCUCGCUCACACACCAGACUCUGGGGACAGGAGCGAGGGAGGCGCUCGCUCCACCACGCCCUCCUCCUCGUCCUUCUCCUCCUCCUCCACCACGCACAAACUGCAUUCACGGCCUUCAUUCAACUCCCACAAGCUGAUCCAGUGUGACACUCUGGCCAGGAAGAAGCUCAAGUCGGAGAAGACCAAGGCUCGCUCUCUGGACCUGUUGGAGCUGUCUGCGGCUGCAGGUCAGAGCGACGGAGCCGGUUCUGGGUCGGCGAGGAAGGAGACUUCCAGAACCAACCCCUCCUCAGCCAGCAGCCAGGAGAGUCUGCGCCCGGCCCGACCCAAGGCUGUCCUGCCACCGAGCGAGGCGGCCUCCUUCACCCCGACUGGCCUGGGCGGCAGAUCACUAGCGGAUCACGUCCGCGCUCGUCUUCUGGGCUCCGCUGAUGACCUGCGCAGCGUAGGACUGCGAAAACCGCUGUCACCAGAGACGCGCCGGAAGAGACGAGCCUGGCGCAGACACACCGUGGUGGCCUCCCCGACUGAGACGUCCGACAAGAGACCCCCAAUAACUGUCAGCGAGUUCCCCCUGUCCCCUAUCACUCAGAACCAGGUCAAAUCACCAGGGCUGCCUCGGGAUGCAGACGGACUCGAGCAAGGAGCAGGUACACGUCAAGCUCCCACCUCCAGGUUCCACCAGUACCUGUGAGCCCUGCCAGCUGACCCCCCCCCCACCCCCCCACCCUGCACUCCCAGGCUUCUGAAGAGGGUCCAGACUGGGCUGCUGACUUCCUGCAGGUCAGUAGACCGGCAGCAGCGUGAACAGGGUCGCGGUCGGUUGCCAGGAGCAGCACAGUGUUCCAAUGAACAGCCCACUCUUUUGUUUUUUCCAUAAGCUCCAUUUGCAUGGCGAGGGGCAUUCCAGUGUUGCCAAAGCUUUUGUUUUUCUUUUUUUUUUCUUUUCGUAUAUGUGUGCUUUUAUAGAAACAGAACAGAGACACAAACUGACCUCAUCAAUCCAUUUUACCGCCAAGAAAACUCAUUUGAGUAGCAUCCCUCCCGUCUCCUCCACCUCCACAUGACUUAAAUUAAAGGGUUGAGUCCCUUCGAGUGACCAGAGGAGGACGCCGAAACACAGCUUCCCUCUGGUUCUUGAGAAAACGGUGCUUAUCGACAUUUAACAAUUAGACAAAUUUCUCUAAAUCGGUCACUUUCAAUUUCAAGGGGGAUCUCAGCUGAUUUUCCACAUCAGUCUUCCAGAUCUGUAACUCCUCAGACCACAGACACUGUUAACGCUCCCAUUUAUACUCCAGACAAGCCACCACAAACACACAAACUCCCGUCGUCUCUCUCUGCGUGUUAAUAAUGUUUAUGUGUGUUUUCGCAACAAUAUUCGUGACCAUGUCUGCGUGUGCAGGUGUUUUUGUGUUGAACAAUUUUUGUAACAUUUGUACAAAGCCUUGUUAAGUUAACCUUGUAAAUAUAAAUAUUAUGUUAUCAUAUUUGUUUUUACUUUUUUUUUUUUUAGUUCCUUUUUUUAUGGUUUACAAAAAGUGCACAACAAAGUGCACGGUCAUUUUGUUUUUUCAAGAUGUUACUUGAAAUGUUUCCCUUAAUAUAUUCUUUUUUUUUUGUUUUAUAUUCAAUAUAUAUAUUAUAUAUAUUUUGUAUUAAAGUUAAGAAAAAAGUACUUUUAUUGUGAUUUCACCUCUUUGGUGUACCUGUUCAAAGGAGACGAGAUACACAAGACUAAAACCUGUUACUUAUUUCCUCAUCGAUGGCCUUUUCGCUCUGAUUCUCAGCACUGUGCAGCGAACCUUUAGUCGUCUUUUCUCUUCCAGCGGUGACCACAGACUAUCUGUAGCGAGGGAAGAUGUGUAAUGAGUUAAUUAUUACAUUUUAUUGGACAGUUUGCAGGCAGCUCAGUGCCACACUGUGACAGCUGACCUCAUUUGUUUUGUCAUUCGUGCUUGGGAUCACUGAGCGUUGCCUCCACAGAUCGAGCUCCAGUUAAAGUAUCUUCCAAAUCUUUCUUCAGAGGAUUAGAAGCCCGACUGUGUUUUUUACAGACUGUUAAAACUGAUGUGCAGUGAACAUGAGCGGCUACAGUCUCACCUCUGUUGGGUGGUGAUGUGUGUUUUCCUCCUCACAUCCCCCUCCGAGGAUUCAUCUGUCCACACGUCUAAUCACCUCGGGGGGUUAACAUGACGAGGCGUUUUCCAUAAGGUCAGGCUCUGAUAAGUCCUCCCUCGACCGGCUGACUGUCGGGAAAAAUGGUACAUUAGAGGAAGCGAACACGGUUGUGUAUCUUUUGUUUUCAUCUCUCGGAAACUGGCAUCACAGAAAAACACAAACAAGGAGGCGCGACUUUCCCAAAGUCAUGUUGUUUUCAUCUGACCAAAUAACCCAGUGAAGAAGAAUAAUAAUAAUAGGAAUAAUAAUAAUAAUAAUAAAUAAGUUAUAGUCUUGUCUUACCUCAAGAUUUUUUUCUACAAGUGCCUGAUUUCUGGAAUGUGUUUUUGUUCUGCAGUGCCACGGUCGGCUCUUAUCUUUCCGUUUCCCUCUGUUGUUUCUGGGUCCCCUCCUUCCUCUCCUGUGGUUGAUGGUGGAACUAAAAGGCACUGACCCAAAGAUGUGUACAUUAACUAAGAGCGGUCUAACUGAGAGGCUGUUAAAAAAAAAAAAAGAGGAAAAUAAGGAAGAAGAAAGCACACUUCAAGCCAAGGACACGUCUAUGCACUCUCUUUGCCUUUAACGCAGGCAUUAAGAGCCAUUACCGCCGCUGCUCAGAGGGAAGAGGCGUACGACUCUCAGCUGCUUUUUCUCUUGACAAACUGAGCUCAUCUCUCUCCGCCUGGUGACCCCACAGUGUGUGAAAAUGGUACACCUAACAAACCCCCUACCCUCCCGAAAUAACCACGUCAGGUCGUGUUGGGCAACAAUUCGCUCUCCUCCAUCAACAAGUCGGCGUGUGUUUUGUCUGAAAUGUGACUCGCCUGAUGUCUCAUUGUUGUAUUUUUUUAAAAAACACGUUUUUUUUUUUGUACAUACUAUCUUAAUAUGUAACAUAUUGUAUUGUGUACAUUUGGAAUUGCUUUUUGAGUAUAACUAAUAUGAAAAAGACUGGACUUUUAAAAAAAAAAAAAAAGGUUGUCCGGCUGAAAACAGUUUCCCCUCACGGCUGUGUGCUUUAAAGCAAGGUUAUAUGAUGUAAAUAAACAGAACUAUGUUUAAAGAAAA